GCGGGAGGGGGGGCCGCCUAGGAGGGAGGCCGGGCAAGGGAGGGGGGCGCACCCGCGAAUAGGCCGGAAAAUGGCUCCGCCGCGCAGAACGGCCGCGCUGGAGUAGGCCGCUGCCAUUACCUUCCAGAGAGGGAGGUGGAGACCGAGGACCCCGGCCAGGCUUUCCCACUACCGGCCCGCCCCCCGCAGUGGGGAGAGGUGGAGAACCAACAGCUAGGAGCCUGCCCCUUUAAAUAUGCCCCAGGAUGAUGGAGCGGCAGCCAGCUGAGCUGCCCCCCAGUGACCCCCCGCGGGAUGCAGCCCCGGGGACUAGCGGCGGUGGUGGCGGCGGCGGCGGGGGGGGCGGCUCCGAGCCCGAGCCCGAAUCCGAGUCCCGCAUGGAGCCGCCGCGGGCCCCCCCACACCUCCUCCUUCUCAACGGCGUUGCCAAGGAGACCGGCCGUCCGGCCCCCGACCCCCCCGUCAUCGAGUUGGCCCCCCGCCGCGGCCCGGGGGGCGGCGCCCGCGACUUAAAGGGCCGCGACGCUGAGGCGCGCCAGAGGGUGCCCACCACGGAGCUGUGUCGGCCACCCGCCCCCGCCCCGGCCCCGGCGCCUGCCCCAGUAGAGCCCCCCAGCGACGGCCGCAUGGUGCAGCUGAGCCCCACCGCGCUCCCGGGACAGGCAGCCGCUGCCGCUGCCGGCAGGGCCAUGCUCUAUGGCCUCGGACAGCCGCUCGCCUCGCUCAGCAGCGGGUUUUUCGGGGAGCCAGACCCCUUCCCGGUGUUCACCAGCAACAAUCGCGUCAAGAGGAGACCCUCGCCCUACGAAGUGGAGAUCAAUGACGGCCCCCACACCAAGGUCGUCCGGCGCAUUUUCACCAAUAGCCGGGAGCGGUGGAGGCAGCAGAACGUGAACGGGGCAUUUGCUGAGCUCCGAAAACUCAUCCCCACCCACCCCCCGGAUAAGAAGCUCAGCAAAAACGAGAUACUCCGUUUGGCUAUGAAAUAUAUCAACUUCUUAGCCAAGCUCCUCAAUGACCAGGAGGAGGAGGGAAGCCAGCGGGGCCGCGUCACCAAGGACCCAGUGGGGACCGGCGGGGCAGGCAGCGGAGGAGCUGGGACGGGACCCGGGACAGGGCCGGCUCCUGACGAUCUGCUCCACGAUGCUCUCUCGCCCAACUCCAGCUGUGGCAGCUCCCUGGAUGGCGCUGCCAGCCCCGACAGCUACACGGAGGAUUCCGAGCCGAAGCACCCGGCUCGGAGUCUCCAUCCCGCCCUAUUGCCUGCCGACGGCACCGGCCCACGGUGAUGGGCCCUGCCCAAGGGCAGCACUUGUGUGGCUGGGAUGGGGCAGCAGAGGGCCCCUUGUGGGAGCAGGCUAUUGGAAGUGGGGGAAUUGCUUAGUCCAGAGGCUAGGAAAAGACUGGCCAGGAAGCAGGGGGAUGGAUAGGAUGACCUUUCUUGGUCCUGGCUCCUCUGGCUCCAUCCUCUAUGUCACAUGUCAUGAGAACUGUGUGUGUGGUCAGAGGUUGAAGUGAUGUCUUUGGUGACUCUCCCUCCUGGAUCCCUGGACUUUAUACCCACUCUGGUCCUGGGGUUGGCAUCUCUGUGGACACAGCAUAAGGAAGAAGACUCAACUUCCCCCAUUCCUCUGUAGCUUUGUGAACCUCUGGACACCUACCAGUCCCAUCCCCCAUCUGAUGCCCAUAACCCAUGCCCGUCCUUCCCCAUGACACUGAAUUGUGCUGUUUCAGACUUUGGCCUUUGGGAUGGCCCAAAUCCCAAUCACCCAGGCUCCUGUCUCCAUGGCUGGUGGUCACUGGAGGCAUGGGGAGGAGAGUAGAAAGUCAACACUUUCCAGGUGGGAGCUUCUGAGCCCUCCUAUGGAAGGAAAGGUACCCAGUGCUCUGUCCCAUUCAGCCCUGGUCCUCCCACCACCACGGUCUGCAGCUGCCAAGUGAGUGAUCACCCCCUUGUCCCUUGUUCCCAGAGUUGUGAGCAGCCAAAAACCCAUGAAUGGCAUAAUCACCAUUUAUGCACAGCCACCAAUGCCUUUGACAGUGGAGGGCAUGGACGAUCCAAGACCCCAGGAAAACAAUCGUUUGCUUGGCUUGGGAAUGAAGCUGCUGGCUCCCCUCAUUCCUGGAUGCUAGCUUUUUGCUUGGCUCUAGCAGAUGGGUAGAGGGGCUAUGGAGGGAGCUGAGGACCCUUGACUGGGAGUCCAGAGACCUGGAUCCUUGACUGUUACUGACUUACUGUGUGGUCUUGGCUGAAUCGCUUGCACUCUCUGGGCCUCAGAAGGGACUGAUUAGGUGGUCUCUCCAAGCUCUCACCUUCCCAGAGUCUUCUCCCAGCUCUGCUGCUCACAAGCCCUGGGACCUCAGGCAGAUCUAUUCCUGCAUAGCAUGGGGGCCUUAGCAUUGGUAGCCUCUGUUUUUCUCCAAUCCUAGGCUCCUGUCCUGAUGGGUGAUGAAACCUGGGGCAUCUGGUCAUGUAUAAUGGAGAGACUGAGUUCAGUAUUCAAUGCCCUUCCAGACACCAAGUCCAUGGGUAUCCUUGGACAGGGAUGAGUAUGGAUUGGCCUGGGAAUGAAUGGGGGCUCCCCUGAAUGAGCUGAUACCUGGCCUGGCUUGAAGGCAAGACUCCAAGCUCUUCUCCUGAAAUCCCCACAAGCAACCCUUGUUCACCCCAAGCCUCCAGCUCCUCCCUUUAUGUGGUGGACAUGCUCUUGAGAAAGUCACAUGUAAACUGAAGUUUUGUAAAUCAAAUUCUGUUUCAAAGGACGCUUAGGGUGACCCCUUUUGUAAAGUGAAGAAUUCUUUUUGUAAAGUGAAUCAUCACUCCCUAAUUUAUCUCAUGUGUAAGGUUCAAGGGUUGAACAUCAGGUUUGCAUAGAGUAAGGUCUGCCUGUAGCCAUGCUGGAGAAAGAGGCCCCCAGUAUCUGCAAGAAGACUCCAGUUACCCUUCUGCCUUUUUCUCACUGGAGGCUUCUUUUCCCAUCAAACAGUGAGUGACUGCUUGCUACUGAUCAUCACUCUGCAGUCCAAGGACCCAUACCACAUAAUGACACUUUACCUGCUCUGUGACAGCAGGCAUCAAGGUACACCUGUGUGUAGGGAGUGAGCAGAUUACCUGUCCAUCAUUUCUGAUGGCCUGUGCCUGAAGAGGGGCACCCCUUUUUUGGGGGGGGGAGGGCAGGUAGUAAUAGCCUGACUUGGUAGAGGGGCACUGAGGGUUUCUCAGUGUUUCUGUACCAACUCUGUUCUGAGCUCCAUGGACCCACUUCCCAUGGACUCACCUUGAUAAUAUUCAUUUUGCAGAUUUCAAGGUUUGGUUGAUCCUUUGCUAUCAAUUAGUUUCCAUUUCACAGAUGAAGAAACUGAGGGGAAAUUAUUUGUCCAUGGCCACAUGUCAGUUGGAAGGUGAAAACAUGGCCCCAGCCUCUCCUGGGGGUCCCAUUUUCUAUGCCUUGCCUUCCCUCCUUCAAACCCAAAGCCACCAUGGAAACCAGGAGAGGUCUAGAAAGUGGCUUGGGGCUUAGUGCCCAGCUUCAAGACAGGUUGCCCAGCAAAAUGGGAGUGGGGGACACAGAGGCUUCCCAGUGAGAGCAAGAGAGCUUAGUCCUUGGUAAACAGGAACCAUGUGGAUAGCUCGAUAUAGACUGAAGCUGUGGACCUGAGUUCUAGUCCAUACUUCCCUUCUGAGUUGCUGGGUGACUUUUGGCAGGUUACUUCUCCUCUCUGGACCUCAAUUCUCCCAUGUGACAAAUGAAGCAGGAUCAGAAUUCCAUCUCCCUCUCAGGGCAGUCAUGAGCUUCAUUGAAGGCUAUAGAUGCAAACCUAUCGGUGAAGAUAAGCAAGCAGGGUUGUUACUAUGAGCAUCCUUCCCCAAGGUGGGUUUUUCCCACCUCAGACAUGCAGCCAUUGGCUUUUGCUGUAGCUCAAACUCUCUCUCUCUCUUGCUCUCCACACAUGUACAGUAUCCAGAUAAUUUAAACCUUGAACUAUUUCUGCCUGAACUCUCUGGAUAACUGAAGCCAUUAGAUGUUGGUCAACAGAUACAUUUGGACACCUUUGCUCUUUUAGGCUGAGGUGUGUGUCGGGAGGGAAAAGGGGUUUUCAGAGAAUGAAUCCGGUUUGGGAGGGGGGAGAGCAUGGGAAUAGAUUGUAUCACAGGAUCAACCCAAUUUGAUCCGGUGUGGGGAGGCAGCCAAGGCUUUAGCAGACUCAAAAAUCAUUUGGUUUUUCCUUUCCCCUGGAAGAAGUAAGAAUAAGACUAAAACAAAUAGGAGGACAAGUCAUUUCCAUUCAAAGAGCAUUCGUUAAGUAUGUCUAGCGCUGUGUCAGCUGCUGGGGAUACAGACAAACCAGUGCUUGCCCUCAAGGAACUUAAAUUCUACUAGGGGAAAAUAGCACUGAGAAUACAAAAUACCAUCAGCAUAAAUCACAUUCCAAGAAUAAGGGGAAAGAUCAUGAUAGAAAACAUUUCGAGAACAAAGGCCAAUGUGACCAUUUGGGGAAAUUGCCUAUUUUUUCACUAAUGUUCUCUUUUUCUGUGUGUAUGUGUGUGUAGCUGAAAGACACGAUGGUACAAUCUUUCCGAAUUUCUCCAAAUGAGACCAAACUCAGUGGCUGUAGCCUGUUAGCUACAUUUGGUCUCAAGUUUUGGGAGUGGGUCUAGUUGUACUUGUGAUUCCGAUGGUACCUGGCCCCCUGGGAGUCCAUCUCUUUUGCUCCCCGCCCUAUGUCUGUGUACGUACAUGGCUCCCCACAUUUUCCAGGGGCAGCUCCUUGGGUCCAUGUACUGUAUGAGAUGACUUUGGCUGGUCUCUGUAUUCCCUUACAGAGAGGGAGUAAUCACCCUUGGUACUGUUGCCUUGGAGGACCGCUGAGGCGAGCGCUGGGGAGUGCUACUCUGGGAGAGAAAAGGCCUUUUGGUGGUGACGAGUGUGCUUGCAUAUGGUGUAUGUAUGUGUGUGUGUGUGUGUGUGUGUGUGUGUGCGCGCGCGCGCGCGCACGCAAGUGUAUGUCUGAGGACUAUAUCGGGGAAUAAGAUUUCUAAAUAAAAGUUUUACAGAGUG